GAUAAAAUAUACGGGGGAUAAAACUGUUGACACCGGCAGUAGAGAGCAGAAGUGCAGUUUUUUUACAGCGUUGGUAGAACGGCUGUCGAGUUACGUGAUCCUAUAAUAAGGGGAUGGUUGAACCAACUUCCAAUCCGGAUGAAAUUAUGCAGUACGAAAAAUAUCCAUUUGAAGAAACUGGCCUACUAUAUAUCAGUCAUCAAGUCAGUGAGAGUUUCAAAGAGGUUUGCAACAGCCUGGAAUUGGAGCAGGAAGCAGUUGAAAAAAUUGAAAAUGAAGAGGGCGAUGAAUCACAUAAAAUUUUCUGUGCACUAGUUGAUUGGGGUGAACGGCAUGAGAAGAGGACUUGGGGAGACUUAGUUCAUCAGUUUCGCAAUCAUGACGAGUUCAAGCAAAUAAUUAGAACAUAUUUAACCAACUAUCAGCCCCACGAAGGUGGAGCAGAACUUUAUCCAUUUACUUGUCCAUUUGAAGAAACUGGGAUGGGAGUUACUGAACCAUCAGUUGAAGCUUAUCCACGCAGUCCAUAUUCUAACAGGCCGCAUUUACUAGUGAGGGAUAAUCUUGAAAAAUUGGAGAUGGAUUUUAACAAUCUCCUCGCUAAGGCUAUAAAAUCUGCAUCUCAGCCCAGAUUAUUGAUGAUUUUGGCGUGUACGUCUAGCUGACAUUAUGUGUUGAUGUCAGAGCAAUAUUCGUCUUUUUUCGAUGAAAUGAUGUGCAAAUUAUUCACCAAUAUGAAAGUUCCAGAAAUUAUUAUCUGUUGACCAAGCCACCAGGUGUUUGGGAUCCAUAAUUAUCGGAUUCUUAAGAGCUUUUAGACCUGUGUGUUUCCAUUUGAAAUGAGAUUCAUGACGAUAUUGAACGACAUGCACGUAAGGUUGAAGUUUUCAGCGAACAACACUACUUCGAGAUGAUACGGCAAUUGUUGGAUCUAAUAUAUUAUCUUCUCCUCAUGGGUGCACAACACUCACUGUUAAAUUUGAGAGAAAAUACAAGGAUACACAAUGGCCAGCUUUGCUCACGAUCAAAGUUCUGGCUGGGCAUUCUUCUUGAAGAAUUUAUUUUUCGUUUCAAAGAGGCACAUAGCGGUUGUGUCAGUAUUACGUGGUUCAUCCCGAAAAGUUCACUUCCAUUGCUAUCACCACACAUAAUCAAUGAAAAACGAAAAGAGCUGAGAGAAAGAGAGUCAUAGAGAUAAUGGUUGAUAUAAAUUUUAUAUAUAGGAUUCCAAACCUGGUGAUAAACAGCCCGCCCUUACAUAUGGAUUCUAAAUCGGACACAGUUGAUUAUGAAGCUAUGUAUGAUGAAAGCAUCAAAAAUCCUACUGAGUUUUGGAGUCGUCAGGCCAAAAAAUUUCUUAAAUGGAUAAAAAUAUUUGAUGAAGUAGAUGGAUGUAGACUGGAGGAAGGAGUCAUCAGCUGGUUUACUGGUGGUCAAUUGAAUGUGUCUUAUAAUUGCCUUGAUCGCCAUGCUGUGAAAAAUGGAGAGAGGACAGCGUUGAUCUGGGAAAAUAAUCGGACCAAGGAGCAGAUAAAUGGUAUUCAUGAGUGCAUCAGCUACAGGAAACUAUUGGAGAUGACUUGCCAAAUUGCCAAUGUGUUGAGAACAAAUUGUGGCAUAAAAAAGGGUGACAGAAUAGUCAUCUACAUGCCAACCUGCCCAUUGGCUGUUGCAGCCAUGCUAGCAUGUGCCAGAAUUGGAGCUGUUCACUGUGUUCUGUAUUCGGUACUGGGUGUAAGAGACAUAAUGAAAAGAAUCAAAUCAUCUGAAGCCAAGGUUGUUGUCACUGCACAAAAGGCUUUUGUUGGAGACAAAUGUUUGCACUUGAGAAGCAAUAUUGAUAAGACUCUCAAGCUUCUUGAGAAGACAAAUGAAAAUUCAGUAAAUCAUGUUUUAGUUUGGAAAAUGAAUGAUUGUGAUAUUGGAGAUACACUAAGAGACACUGAUCUCGAAACGAUUAGCUAUCACCCAUUGAAGGCAACUGGCAGAGCAUUGUGCUAUCUUAUGCCUGAUAAAACUAAUUUCACACACUUUGGAUGCAGAGUAAAAUUGUUUUCCUUAAAAAAGGCAAUGAAAGCUGCACCUACUUACUGUGAACCAGUAGCAAUGGAGAGUGAAGACCCACUCUUUAUUAUGUACACAUCUGGAACUACCGAUGAGCCUACAGGGAUUUUGCAUACCCAAGCCGGAUAUCUCCUUUGUGCUGCAAUGACACAUAAGUAUGUGUUUGACUACAAGAUUGGAGAGGUGUUUGCCUGCGUAGCUGACUUAGGGUGGAUUGCUGCCCAUACGUCCGUAGUAUAUGGUCCACUCUGCAAUGGAGGAACCACCGUGUUGUUUCAGGGAACUGCAACCUACCCAGAUUCAGGUCGUUACUGGGAAAUGGUGGAGAGAUUGAAGGUAAACCACUUCUACACUUCUCCGGCUGCAAUAAAGAAGUUGAUGAAGGAUAAUCUGAAUUGUGUAAAUGACUAUAACGUUUCAUCGCUCAAGACUAUUGCUUUAGAGCUUGGUGGAUUUGCACUGAGUCCUUGGCCGGGAAGUAAACUAAAGCCAGGUGUCUGUGCAAAACCAUUUUUGGGGGUAGAACCAAUCAUUGUUAAUGAGAAGGGUGAAAUUCUGCAAGAAAGUGGAGUUCAAGGUUUACUGUGCUUCAGACAUCCCUUUCCAGCAAUGGGGAGAGAAAUUAUUGGUGGAAGUUUUAAAAACAAAUAUUUUAGUUCUUUUCCUGGAAAAUACUUCACUGGAGACUGGGCUUACCGCGAUAUGGAUGGAGACUAUCAGAUUGUAGGAAGAAAAGACGACAUUGUCAGAAUAAAGGGUGUCUGGAUCCAAAUUCCCGAGAUUGAGAGUUCUAUAGUAGGAAAAAGCAAUAAUAUUGAAAAUGCGUCAUACAUUGGUCUGUCUUCUGAACCCUCUGCAACUACUGAUGCAUGUGUUGUUGUUGAGGUGAGGAAAUCAGUACCAGAAUCACAGCAGAAAUGCAAAAAAUUCUACCGUGACAUUCUUGAGUCUGUAAAAAGUUCCAUAAUCAACAUUGCUGGAGAGCACGCACUUCCACGUUUUGUUUUGGUUGUAAGAGAAAGUGUAUACACCUGGUCAAAUAAGAUGUGCCGAAGUAUUUAUCGCGACAUGGCUGAAGGUUUUUUCAAACCUUUGUUAAAACAUGUUGAUCCAAGUGAAAACAUAGUUUUGCUGGACUAUACUACAAGCCCUUUGCCACCUGUUGCUAACAAAUGGGAACACCUACAAUAGUUCUUUUUCUGACAUAUUUAAAAAAAUUCUAUCACUGCACUGUAUAUGAUGUGUUUCUUUACACAAAAAAAGUUUACAUGAC